AUGAAGCUGACAUCUAUUGCAUGCGGGCUGGUAGCCCUGUUCGCCGGCCAUGCUUCUGCGACAGCGCUGACCUACAAGCUUGUCGCGAACGAGAAGGCCUGCUUCUACGCCCACAACCAGGACAAGGGCCAGAAGAUCGCAUUCUACUUCGCCGUCCAAUCGGGAGGUUCUUUCGAUGUCGACUUCGAGGUUACAGGACCAACGGGCAAGAUUGUAAUUGACGGGCAGAAGGAGCGCCAGGGAGACUUCGUCUUCACCGGCAACGAUAUUGGCGACUAUUCGUUCUGCUUCAACAACGAGAUGAGCACUGUCACAGACAAGUUUGUCGACUUUGAGAUUGCGGUCGAGAACGAGGCCCGGGUCAACCUCCCCUCCAAGCAGGGUAGCUCCCCAGAACAAACAACCUCCCUCGAGGAGUCGGUCUUCAAGAUCUCGGGCCAGCUCUCCACCAUCUCCCGAAACCAGAAGUACUUCCGCACGCGCGAGAACCGCAACUUCAGCACAGUCCGCAGCACAGAGAAGAGGAUCGUCAACUUCAGCUUGAUCCAGUGCGGGCUGGUCGUCUGCAUGGGCGCGCUGCAGGUCUUUGUCGUGCGCUUCUUCUUCCAGGGCGCGAGGAAGGGCUACGUGUGA